UAAGUCACACUUUUUUUUGUAUUUUCACACUAAUUAAGCCACACAAAAACGCACAAAAUCUGCUGAAAAACUUUCUGUACAUAUUUGCACUAAUUGAGUGUGAGAUUGUGUUGCAACUGAAUAUGACCAGUUAGUUUAAAUGUAAUACUAGGCCUGAAGGYUACAGGCAGCAACUGAGAACCAAGCAAAAAUGUGUUAUUUCUUUAUUUCUCUCUCUUUCUUUCAUCUAAACAUCUUUGGAAUUGUUCUCCAUUGUUUGAUAUGUAACUAUAAUGUAAGUUAUAUUGCCUGCCUGAUGGUUUUAUUGUGAUUUAAGGUAUCUGUAUCUGUCAGAUUGAAAUGGAAAAUGCAAUAUAUUCUAUAUGGUGUCCUAAUGGCCCAUAUAUUAUUUUAGCUAUAGGCUAGUUUAUACAUGACAUAACCAAUGGUUGCCUUGGCCUUAAGUACAUCUGAAUGACAUAAUGAUAUAUAUGAUAUACUGUUAUCUGAUGAUAUAGAGGGUGCGUGCGUUCGUCUCAAUGCGUAUACUUUGUUCAACUUUACGUAAAGGUCAAACAAUUCGAGGUGACGCUUCAAUGUGUCUUUAGAGCAGGUUAAAUACCAUGCACAUGGARGAUUUUAACAUGUGAAGUGUGAUAAAAACAUGAGGCUUUUAAACCUGCGCAUGUGUCACAUUGUAUUGUUUGUGUCAACAGCGCACUGAUUUGAUUCAUGCUAAACUGGCUCAUUUGGUGGAUAAGUUCCUAACCAAACAACAGUCAUAUCUUGCUUCAUAUAGGACAUACUUUGACCCUUGCUUAUCGGUGAACGAAAGGUUUAUAGGUAGCAUGUAAUCGCUUACCUGGUAACAGAAAGGCAACGCACUGGGUAAACACCGCAGCUCGAGGCAGAGAACAGUGACAUAAGGUGAUAUCACUGCCUCUCCCUGACUUGCGUCUUUGCCAAGUAGUCGGGUUACGCUUUACCACACAUGGGACAGCGGGGAUCGAGACCCCAACCCGAGGCCCGAGUUCUCCUAUUGGGUCUCGACUCAGCGGGGAAAUCAACCCUUCUUUACAAACUGAAAUAUAACGAAUCGGUCAAUACCGUUCCCACAAUCGGCUUCAAUGUGGAGAUGAUAGAAGCCAAAAAGAAGAGGGAGACAGUUGCUCUGACCGUGUGGGACGUGGGCGGCCAGAAUACAAUGAGGCACUACUGGAAGAGCUUCUAUCAGGACACUGCUGGACUGGUGUUCGUGGUGGACAGCUCCGACAGGCGCCGGUUGGACGAGGCCCGGCGGGAACUAGAUCACGCCCUGAGGAGUGAAUUCUUACGGGGUCUGCCUGUGGUCAUCCUCGCCAACAAGCAGGACCUUCCCGAGGCCGUAUCCGUCACGGAGAUAACGGAGCGCUUUCACCUGAGGACGAUGAGCGCUGAGCGGGACUGGUUCGUUCAGCCCUGCUCUGCUGUGACCGGUGCUGGGCUUAUAGAGGGCUUCCAAAAGGUGGCACACCUGCUCAAACUACCAUCAGAGGACAUUCAAGACAAUAUUAAAGAGACAGUGCAGUAUCUACGAUCAAAAUCAGUCAAGUCAAUGGGUUUGUAAUGUUUGCAAUGAUAGGAUAUGUCAAAAGUUAUUGACAAAUGAUGAUAAUUUGUUUUUAUUGUUUACGGAUGAAGAUCACAUUUCACUAUGAUCAAUGUGUUUCUUYAAAAGGUUGUCACAGUGCAAUAGACUACAUGGAAACGAAAUCAAUCCACGAAGCUAUUCAAUUGACUUUAAAUCAGCCUAUGACAUUUUUUUUCCAACUAAGUUUAAUACGUUUGUAUCAGAUUAUUUCCUCUGAGAAAUAUGGUCAUAAAUAAUGUUAAGUCGCCUAUAGACCUAAUAAUGAACAUGUCAUUAUGGACUUUGGGGAGCAGUGCGUAAAAAACGCACCCCAAAUGGUCAAAUUCACUUUUCAUCUUUUAUGUAGACCUAUAACCUAAUAUAUAUACACGUCUUGUAUCUAAUAAAAUGUCUUCCCUA